AUGGCGCAGCAGCCCUUGCUCACCGGGGAGGAUGGACGAGCCAACCAGAUGCAAGCGGCCAACGUUCAGCUCCUUGCCCAGCUUUGCCAUCCUGGUGACUUCCUAUCCUCCAAGAUCCGCACUUGUCUGGUGAGGGAGACCCUUCAGGCCACCGUUACCUGCCAAGCUUGUCGGCAACUCCAAGAGGGACAGAAGCCAAGUGCCUCCAGCGCUUGGGAUACCAUUGUCGCAGCGCCUCACAGUUUCCACGAACCCGAAAGCUGCUACGGCCUGGGGGUCAUUGUGCACGCGCUGGCAAACACCCAGAACUUUCUGAAGGAGGACUGGUAUCACAAAGCGGUGGAGCACCUUUGGGCCGUGCUUCACAAGUUGGGCGAGGUGCCUCCCGAAGCAAAGGCCGGGCCGCAGGAGGCGCUGUAUCGCAUGACGGAGCUGAUCGCUUGCGUGGCCCUUGCUGUAGGGCACCGCACCUUCUACCGGACCCUUGGCAAGGAGCCAAUUCUCGAUCAGCCUCCGCUGCCUUCACCGCGGGACUAUGCGAAUGGCGGCGCUCCGAUGUUUAAGAGCGCGCAGGAGGUCUCCACCCAACUUCGUAGGAAGGAGGGCUGCGGCUGGGGCCCGUGCCUCGACAAAGCCUCUCUCACCUCCGGGCUGAAGCUGGCAAAUGGAGAACUACUGGCAGAUUGCUUCACGUGGCAGCUUAUGCCACAAGCGCCCACGAGCAAAUGGACACCAGCUCUGUCGACAGGCCAGAAGUUGGGAGUUGGACGCUGA